GAAAAGUUUAUUAUUGUAACAAAAAAAAUUAAUCUCCAUCAAAAUACAUGUUUUUCCUAAAUUUAAGAAAAGGAUAAUCACGUUUCUUUUGAGCAGAAAGAGAAACGAGAGAAAGGAAGAAGACGACGUAUUCACUAAUCGAAUAUAUAGGGAAGAAAACAAAAGAAAAGAAAAUGGGUUGGGUUUUUGUAUGUUUGAGAGUUUGAAUCAGAAGCCAUUGCCAUCUGGUUCAAAUUCGAAUAAGAAACAUAAUGGCUUCGAAUUCGAAUCCUUCUCUGCUGCCUGAGAUCGGAGCCGAUGGCCUUGCUCGAGAGGCUUCUGUCAUUACAUACACUGAGAAGGUCAUCGAGGAAGAACAGAAUCAAUUAAGGAAAUACAUUCAAGAAAAUUAUACUAAAAUUCGUGAUGUCGAGCGAGAGCUGACAAAUCUUUCAAUGGAGAUGAAGCUCACGGCUGGGCCAAAAAAAUCAGCUCUUGAACAUUUGAGGAAGAAAAUAGAGACGUCAACAGAGAGAAUUCAUGCUGCCAAGCUGAAGGAAGAACAAGCACGAAAGGCGUGGGAAGCAGCAGUACAGGUUGUAAAGGACGAGGAAGCUAUCAAGCAGAAUCUGUGUGAAGACUUAAACCAACUGGUACAAGAAAGCAGCAGUUCUCAGUUUACAAGACUGGAGGAGUUAAAAAGACGACUAGAAGCUUUGAACCCAAGCAGAUCAUCGACCUCUGUUUCUUAUGAUAGGAAAUCAAUGGGAGUUGCUCAAAGUGGCACGGCGCCAGAUGCUUCUACAGUUCCCCGAUCAACAGAAUCAGGAGGAGUCACUGCAAACACCCCUAAUCCAGGAAAUGGUGGAAAUGUUUUGGUCACAAAUGGGCACAAUCAGCAGCCUUCUGCUGAGGGAGAAGGAAGACUAAAGAAGAAAAGUCAAUUCCAAGGAAAAGCGAGGGGAAUUGGAGCUGUGCCCAAGGGCAGGGGACCUCCCGCCCCUGGCUGGACAGGUGCUGGGUUUGAUGCUUAGGAGCACUAUUCUGGAUUCUCUCUGUGCUGGAAGCUCUUGGAUGAUAAGUAGCAGCAUUACUUCCGCUCAAUCACUGAAUAUAUUGUUUAGCCCAUUUUUCUCCCCCUGUAUUCUUUAAUUGUAUUUAGCAUUUCGUAUGAGAAAUGCAAGCUGACCUUUCUGACUUCUGAUUGCUUCUUCCCACCCACCCGUGUAUUUUUACCAAUAUAAUCUUACUAAGCAAAAAUCAAGAAA